GUACUUCCUCACACACUUCCUGGAAGACGUGCAUGAUGACGUCAUAGCGCGGGACCUGAUAGAGCGAAUGAUCAACAGCGAUCCAGAGUCCCGCCCGUCCACUUCCUCUAUUCUUAAACACCCGUUCUUCUGGAGCCCUGAUAAGCAACUUCAGUUCUUCCAGGAUGUGAGUGACCGUAUAGAGAAGGAACCUACAGACAGCACCAUGGUGGUGAGGCUGGAGACGGCUGGCAGAGCUGUAGUACGAACCAACUGGAGAAUGCACAUCUCUGUUCCUCUGCAGACAGACCUGAGGAAGUUCAGGACGUAUAAAGGAAACUCAGUCAGAGACCUGCUCCGAGCCAUGAGAAAUAAGAAGCACCACUACCACGAGUUGCCAGCGGAGGUCCAGGAGACGUUAGGGGAGGUGCCUGAAGGCUUCGUUUGUUACUUCACCUCCCGGUUCCCGCGGUUACUGCUACACACACACACCGCGCUCAGCAGCUGUUCACACGAGAGACUUUUCCAACCCUACUACCUGCCCCCCACUGUUAACUAACACACACACACACAGGAAAGGUCGCUGGUUCAAAUCCCCCAGCCGACUAAAGUGAAAAUCUGACAAUGUGCCCUUGAGCAAGGCAACUAACCACACUGGCUCCUGUAAGUUGCUCUGGAUAAGAGCGUCUGCUAAAUGACUCCAAUUUCAAAGUGUAAAUUCACUUCCUGUAGUAGAGCCGAAUGACUGCCUCAUGAAUAUUCAGAGACAGACUGUUGAAUGACUGCCUCAUGAAUAUUCAGAGGCAGACUGUUGAAUGACUGCCUCAUGAAUAUUCAGAGGCAGACUGUUGAAUGACUGCCUCAUGAAUAUUCAGAGACAGACUGUUGAAUGACUACCUCAUGAAUAUUCAGAGACGGACUGGUACACUCCAAGACAAAAGCUUUUUAAAUGCUGUAAAUGUUUUAC